GGUACUCUCAACCGUCCUUCCAUUCACGUGGUCACCCAACUGCCCACCCACACUUGGGCUGGUAGGACGAUACCAUCGUAACCCGACCCGAUCUUCGUUAUUUCGCCACUCCGUCACUGGGCAACUCUGCAGCAGACUCGCUGCGACAGCGGCUACAAGAUAAGCAGGGGCUGGGCAGAGCGACAACCAGCUAGCCCCAACUCCAUGCGGGGUCUGCUCUCCGCCGCGAGGAUAACGACCAAGGUCAGCUCUUGGCGGCCUCUAACACACACCAUCCACGCCGGAUCGUCCCUGCAGGUGCGCCUGUUCUACACGCCCAACAUGGUCAAACGCGACCCCAGCACGGCGUCCAACUACGACGCCUGGGUCACCCGCCACACCACGGCCAACCUCAAGAUCGACUUCAAGGAGAAGUGCCUCCGCGGCUCCAUCGUGCUCGAGCUCGAGUCGCGCACGACCAAGGAGAGCACCGAGAUCGUGCUCGACUCGAGCCACGUCUCGGUCGAGUCAGUCCGCCUCAACUCGGCCGAGCCCAAGUGGGAGCUCAAGGCCCGCACCGAGCCCCUCGGCUCCCCGCUCCACAUCUCGGUGCCCGCCGGCGCCGCCUCGGGCGAGGUGGUCAAGCUCGAGAUCGGCGUCCGCACCACCGACAAGUGCACCGCCCUGCAGUGGCUGACCCCGGCCCAGACCUCCAACAAGAAGGCCCCCUUCAUGUUCUCCCAGGCCCAGGCCUGCCACGCCCGCUCCCUGUUCCCCUGCCAGGACACCCCGGACGUCAAGUCGACCUACUCCUUCAACAUCUCGUCCCCGCACGUCGUCGUGGCCAGCGGCGUCGCCGUUGAGGACGCCACCGGCCAGAAGCCCGCCGUGGGCGAGGACGGCGACGCCAUGUACCGCUUCGAGCAAAAGGUCCCCAUCCCUUCGUACCUCUUCGCCCUGGCCUCGGGUGACAUCGCCACUGCCCGCAUCGGCCCUCGCUCCUCGGUCGCCACUGGCCCGGACGAGGUGGCGGCGUGCAAGUGGGAGCUCGAGGAGGAUGUCCAGAAGUUCAUUGACGCCGCCGAGAAGCUUGUGUUCCCGUACAAGUGGGGAGAGUACAAUGUUCUGGUGCUGCCGCCGAGCUUCCCAUACGGAGGCAUGGAGAACCCCAUCUUCACGUUUGCCACGCCGACCAUCAUCAGCGGCGAUCGCCAGAACGUUGAUGUUAUCGCCCACGAGCUGAGCCACAGCUGGUCUGGGAACCUGGUGACUUCCGGCAGCUGGGAGCACUACUGGCUGAACGAGGGUUGGACCAUGUAUCUCGAGCGAAGGAUCAUUGCCGCCGUCCGAGGGCAACCCUAUUUUGACUUCUCUGCCGUGAUCGGGUGGAAGGCUCUCGAGGACGCCAUUGAGGAGUUUGGCGCGGAUCACGAGUUCACCAAGCUGUGCAUCAACCACGACGGCAUAGACCCCGAUGAUGCCUUCUCGACGAUCCCCUACGAAAAGGGCUUCCACAUGGUGUACUAUCUCGACUGCCUAGUCGGCCGUGAGAACUUUGACAAGUUCAUCCCUUACUACUUCACCAAGUGGGCAAACAAGUCCCUCGACUCGUACCAGUUCAGGGACACGUUCCUCGAAUUCUUCGAUAAGUCCGAAUAUGCCAGCCUGAAGGACAAGAUUGCCGGCAUCGACUGGGAGGGCCGCUUCUACAGCCCGGGCCUUCCGCCAAAGCCCGAGUUUGACACGUCUCUCAUCGACGUCUGCUACGCUCUGGCGGAAAAGUGGAAGAACAAGGACUACGUCCCGAGCAGCAAGGACGUUGACGGCUGGGCGGGCAACCAGAAGCUGGUAUUCCUCGGCUCGGUGCAGGGCUUCGCCGAGCCGCUCUCGGCCGAGCGCGCGCAGCUGAUGGGUACCGCCUACGACCUCGUCGACACCAAGAACGUCGAGCUCAAGACGGCCUACUACCAGAUCGCCCUGCGGGCCGAGGACUCGGCCGUCUACGCGGGCGUCGCCGAGCUCCUGGGCCAGGUGGGCAGGAUGAAGUUUGUGCGGCCCCUGUUCAGGGCCCUGAACAAGGUCGACCGGCCCCUCGCGCUCGAGACGUUUGAGAAGAACAAGGACUUCUACCAUCCCAUCUGCAGGGCGAUGGCGGAGAAGGACCUGGGGCUUGCCGGAGAGGCCAAGGCGUAGUUUUGUCUAGCGGUUUGUUGCUCGCGGUAGUUUGAGUGGCACUGCCUAUAUGCUAGGACUGACUGAGAGAAUCAAGUGACUGUCAGGGCCGUUGAGCUGCUGUAAGCUAUCAGUGGCGUCCAGCAGUAUAUCCAUAUCAAUGGCUGCCUAUGAUGAAAGCUCGCCUCUCGUAUGCCGUUAUCAGAUACGAUGGGUAGCCAACUUCUACUGGGUGUCCACAACUAACCGCGUGACUCAACUAGAGUUAACUGGGUGACCCUUUUGGGAAUCAAUGACAUCCAACACAUGCCAAGAACGGAUUCUCGCCAUACCUCAAGACCUGUCGUCCUUUUUCGCCUAUCAAGUCGAACCUGACGCGCCCGGCCCUCUAGCACAUAGCUUUUAGUGCUUUGACAAACUGUGCUUCCAAUGACCCGAGUUGGGAGGCCUUGCAUGAUGCAUUUGUCUGCCGACAUGUCCAGCUUUCCAAGUCGGGCCUCGUACGAAGCCGGCGCGGGACACCCCGACUGCUGCCAUGGGGAAGCCAACAGGCUCAAUGGUCAUUCUGUUCCGAAAUGGGGGCUAAUCCGAAGCAGACAGGUGCAACAUGCAGAGAUCGGUACUAUGGUAUUGUGCAUGCAGGAGAUGUCGGGAUUGUGAGCCCAUGUAGGAAAUCGGCACAUCUUGUCAUGCAAACCUCGGCAUCAUGA